UGCCUUCUCCCCAAUUGCUCUUUAGUUCCUCGACGAGACAUUCGCCGUGUGGCAGCUUUUCCCCACAAGCUCCUUUUCUCCCCGCCCAAGGAGAUCGUCUCCCGGUGGGAAAUUCCCGUAAAAGUGUACGUGUACGGCGUCCUUUCCCGCCUCUGCUGCCUAUUUUCCAGCCACGUGCUCUGUGCCGGUUGAACGCGCCCCCCAGAUAAGCAGUGUCGGUGGAAUCUCUUACGGGAUUUAAGAUGAUGCGCCGAUUUUCACGAGUGGAGUCAGCUGGGGAUCUGCUAGGCUACCUCGAUCGAGGUCAUUCAGCUAAUCGAGAAAACCGAUGGACCUUUGAAAUUGCAUGGGAGGCUGCUAAUAAAGUGGGUGGUAUCUAUACUGUAAUUCGUUCCAAGGCAUACGUAUCUACGGAGGAGCUAGGCGAUCAGUAUUGCCUUAUUGGGCCAUACAAGGAAGCAUGUGCCAGAACUGAAGUUGAAGAGUACGAAUUUCCUCGUGGCAAUCCAUACGAGGCAGCUGUAAAUGCUGUACGGUCCAUGGGAUUUAAAGUUCACACGGGUCGGUGGCUUGUUGAUGGAGCUCCGCAGAUUAUUCUGUUUGAGGUGGGAAGCGCCGCAUGGCGAAUGGAUGAAUUUAAGGGUGAAUUGUGGAAUGCUACUGCCAUUGGGGUACCUCAUUUGGACAUCGAAUGCAAUGAUGCCAUAAUCCUAGGGUACAUGGUAGCUACGUUUAUGCGCGAAUUUAAGGAUAGUGUGGAGAUAUAUUCCAAGGAAAACGAUUUGGGUCCAGCUAGAAUUGUUACUCAUUUCCACGAAUGGCAAGCAGGAGUAGGUCUUAUUGCCCUGAGGACACGAAAAGUUGAUGUUGCAACGGUAUUUACUACUCACGCUACUCUACUUGGUCGCUAUCUGUGUGCAGGUAACACAGAUUUCUACAACAAUCUCGAUAAAUUUUCUGUGGAUGAGGAAGCGGGGAAGAGACAGAUUUAUCACAGAUACUGUCUUGAGCGUGCUGCUACUCAUCUUAGCCAUAUCUUUACGACUGUCUCUGAGAUCACCGGCUACGAAGCGGAGCAUCUGCUGAAACGUAAGCCAGAUAUCAUAACUCCCAAUGGGCUUAAUGUGAAGAAAUUCUCUGCCAUCCAUGAGUUCCAGAACCUACAUGCCAUGGCCAAGGAUAAGAUUCAUGAUUUUGUAAGAGGUCAUUUUUAUGGGCAUUUCGACUUUAAUCUCGAUAAAACCCUGUACUUCUUCAUUGCGGGACGAUAUGAGUUCUCAAAUAAGGGCGCAGAUAUCUUUGUUGAAGCUCUUGCGCGACUUAAUCACUACCUUAAAAAUCAAUUGCCCGAUGUAACAGUUGUGGCCUUCCUUAUUUUUCCUGCGAAGACCAACAAUUUCAAUGUAGAGAGUCUCCGAGGGCAUGCUGUAACAAAAUCCCUCAGAGAUACUCUCCAAACUAUUCAGCAGCAGAUCGGAAAGAGGAUGUACGAAACUUGUUUAGCGGGACGCUUACCGGAAUCAACAGACAUGCUUACAAAGGAAGACAUGGUUAAAAUCAAACGCUGUUUGUAUGCUCUUCAACGAGAUGGACUACCUCCUAUAACUACUCAUAACGUCGUUGAUGAUUGGAAUGAUGCCGUUCUUAAUUCAAUUAGACGUUGCAAUCUCUUCAAUACAACGGCAGAGCGAGUGAAGGUUGUUUUUCAUCCGGAAUUUCUCAAUUCAACAAACCCUCUAUUUGGUUUGGACUACGAGGACUUUGUGCGCGGUUGCCAUUUAGGAGUAUUCCCUUCAUAUUAUGAACCUUGGGGAUACACACCAGCUGAAUGCACAGUGAUGGGCAUCCCAAGUGUGACCACAAAUCUCUCCGGUUUCGGAUGUUUCAUGCAGGAACACAUCGCCGAUCCGAAAUCCUAUGGUAUCUACAUUGUAGAUCGACGGUUCAUUAGUCUAGAGGGCAGUGUGCAACAGCUUGCCAGCUACAUGCUAGACUUCUGCAAACUGAACCGUCGACAGAGGAUUAUUCAGCGGAAUCGUACCGAGCGACUAAGUGAACUGCUAGAUUGGAGAAAUUUAGGCAUUUACUAUCGCCAAGCGAGAGUCAAAGCGCUCCAAACACUCUAUCCGGAUUACGUUGAUGAAGGACCUGAGUAUCUUGAACACCGUGCCAACUUCAACUACCCUAGACCACUUAGUGCUCCACCCAGCCCCAGUUCUUCACGACGAUCCACUCCUGCACCCUCAACGCAUGGCUCCGGGGAUGAAGAUGAAGAUUCAGUGGAUGAGGAAUUGGAAUUGCAGGAAUUGGGUAUCAGUAAGAAUGAUGAUUAGGAGACUUCCCUAAGUCACACCCACGCAGAGUGAAAUUUUACUUGAGACAAAACUUUGUGAUUAGGACCACGUUUUUAGACUAACAUUGUAUAACUUGUCAGUGUCCUUACGGAACAUCCCUUCGUUGCCAUAUUAUCCACUAUAAGUUGAAGAUUCCCAUGAUUAGGUCUUAAAAAAAAUAUACACAUUAUAUACUUAAUAAACGCAUAGAACUGUCCUUCCGCAUUAAAAAUACAUAAUUUUUGAGUUGUUUGUACUUGUAUUCCACAAAAAAAAAGAAAAUAAAUACAAACAUUA